AUGUUUGAAGAGAAGCUUCUCAUCGGGGUGGCUUCGGCCUUCUCUACUCUGGCCAUUGCAGCCUGCCUGAUCGUGGUCCCUUCUCUCUACAACACUAUCAAUGAGAUGCAUGACCAGGUUCUUGAAGGUGUCACCGUGUUCCGUGCUGAAACCGAUGCAGCAUGGAGCCAAAUGAUGGAUUAUCAAGUGGCCGUCGCCCCUCCAUCCAAACCCCGUGAGAACCCCUUCAAAUCUAUUUUCCGUGGAAAGAGGCAGGCAGGUCUUCCUUCAUUCUGCCAGUGCACUCCUCCACGAGCAAAUUGCCCACCCGGUCCACCCGGGCCUCCAGGACGACCUGGAGCACCAGGACAGCCUGGAGCACCCGGACGUCCAGGUAAUGAUGCUACUUCCACCUACGCUCCCAUCAACUGCCCAGGACCGAGCAGAGAUUGCAUUCAGUGUCCAGCUGGUCCUCGAGGGCCGCCAGGACCAAGUGGAGCUCCUGGAAAUAGAGGACCCAAUGGAAAUCCAGGACGUCCCGGAGGUCCUGGUAAUGCUGGUAGACCGGGUCCCCCUGGUCCUCCAGGAGACGCCGGAGCACCAGGAAGACCAGGAUCCGCUGGAUCGCCUGGACAGCCUGGAAGACCUGGCACUACUGGAAGAGGUACUCCUGGAAGACCCGGACCAGCUGGAGAUAUUGGAGCUCCGGGCCGAGCAGGAGGUCCUGGAAGAGCUGGAGCUCCUGGAAACGCUGGCCGACCUGGUCCAGCUGGACAACCUGGCGGACGAGGACAGCCCGGAAGAAAUGGUAAUCCUGGAGCUCGUGGAAACCCGGCGCGUCCAGGAAACGACGCUGCUUACUGCCCAUGCCCACCCAGAUACUAA